CGGAAUGUCCCUUUGUAUCGCUUAAACAAAGGGGUAUCGACAACAGCUACACUGUGAAGUGAUUCUAGCAUCCAAACUCCGGCCGACCCCCUUCAGGACUGAUUAACAGUAACAUGGUACAGCCCCCAAAGUUGCAAAAGUCGUUCCUUGGAUCUCUGGAGUGAAUUUUUAGUUGUAACAAAAACAUCGCUUCCACUUUAUUGUUGCUGCUGCUGCUGCUUCCCGUUAUAAUCGAGGCAGCCACCAGCCACGCCGAUGUAGCAGCCAGGGCGAGAAGACAGGGCACCUAGGAGCACACGCUCCGUGAAGACGCUCACCCACCCACCACCACACACGCGGAGCGGGCGAUGGCUGCGUCUGACGAUUUGCGGCAGCGGAGGAGAGGAACGGCAGCGGCAGACUCCCCCGGCCGGGGGGGCACCGCGGGGGGCACCGUGGGGGGCACCGCGGGGGGCACCGCGGGGGGCACACUGGGGGUCCAGGCAUCUCGUCGGAAGGUGUCCCUGGCCGUCACGAGUCUCGCCGCGAGUCUGAUCUUGGCUGGGUGGCUGGGUAUUCAGAUCGGGCAACUGUCCGAGCUGGAGACGCGGGGACCUGGGGUGCGGGACUUGGAGGAUCUGAGGGCCCAGAUUGAAAGCCUUCACGCUGUGAUACGAGACCAACAAAAGCAGGUGACAGCUUUAGAAAGCGUCGGAGAUUCCAUCGUUGCCGGCGAUGCGGAUACUGGGAGACGAGGUGGCCCAGGGAUUCCGGAGGAGGGUGAUGAUCAAGAAAGAAAGGGGGUCAAGGGAGAGGAGGAGGAGGAGGGACAGCACCCGGCGACUGCGAGGAACGGACAGCGACCGGGAACGGCGAGCGACCUGGGACAGGAGGCGUGGCGAGUGGCGCGAGAACUCCACAAGCAACUCACGGCGAUCAAAACCGACAUGCGACGCAUCACAGGCCUGCAGGAGGAGGUGAGCGGCCUGCGCCAGGGCCUCUCCUCGCUCGUCGAGCGUGCCGACGAGCUCGACGCCGAGACGGCGCGCCGCCUCGGCGCCGCCAUCGCCGCCAACGUCGAGUCCCUGGCGGAGCUCCGCCUGGCGGGCGAGCGGGCGGAGCGGCGCUCCGACUCGCUGGCCGCCGAGGUGCUGGAGCUGCGGGCCUCGCAGGGCGAGGCCGCCGAGCGGCUGGGCGUGCUGGCGGCCGGGCGCGCCGCGCUGCUGCGGGCCGCCGCCGGGGCGUCGGGCGCGGCCCUCCGGCUGGAGGCGCUGCGGGCGGACGCGGCCGCCGCCGAGAGGUUCGCCGACGAGUUGGCGGGGCGCGUGGGAGUGCUGGCGGGGCACGUGGGAGUGCUGGAGGGGCACGUGGGAGUGCUGGAGGGCCACGCCACGCGGGCCGACGACUUGGCGGGGGAGGUCACACGCAGGGUCGGGGGUGCCUGGCGGGGCCACCCAGGCCAGGAUUAG